CUCAAAUUUCCCGAACAAAUAAUUGGCAACAUCCUUUUUUGCGAGCAUGUCGCCCUCAGGUGAGUCCGCAUCGAAUCUCAUACAUAGAAGUAGGGGAGAGAAAUGUCAAAUUCGUACGCGCCAAAAUAGCAGGGCUGCGCACCCAUACAAUUGACAUGAUAUGUUGAAUGAGACGCCGUGCGAUGGCGUUGCUGAACUGAAGAUUGAGAUCGCUCCAAGCUGACAGGGUCUGCUGGUGGUGAACUUUGAAUUGAAUUCUUCAACUUUUAUUUGUAAACGAAAACAGCAUAAACUCAUCAUCCCGGGACUAUACACCCAAAUAUUUCAGUUUUGUUCCACAUUUGAAGACUGCCAUUGAAUAUAAUCUCUUUGAAUAAUGGCAGAUAUAAAGAAAUGCUUUUAUACAACUAUUCUAUCCCAAACAUUAUCGAAUGACGGUAAAUAUUUGUUUUGCGGAAGUAAUUUCGGGGAAAUUUUAGUGUACAGUGUUGAUCGUAUAUCAUCAUGCGCCGACAGUUCAGUAGAGGAUCCUACAGAACCCCAAUUAGUCUUCCCAUUAUCAGAAAAAUGUCAAAUAUAUAGCCUAUCUUUCCACAAAGAUUUUUUGAUAAUGGGAUUGAACGGAGAAAUCUGUGGCUAUGUAUGGAAUUCUAAGGCCGCAACUAUUGGGAAAAAAGCUUGGACAGUUAAACUUCCAGCAUCAGACGAAUAUACAGAUUUUAACGAAGUAAAUUAUCUCUGGUUGGACAAAGACGAGGAGGUACUUUAUGCAGGUUGUGGGGACAACAUAAUGUACUCUAUUUCUUUGGAGGAUGGCCGCGUCGUAAGAAAGUACCAAGGACAUCUAGAUUACAUUCACUGUGUCUCCGGCUGUGAAAGAAAAUUAGCAACUGCAUCAGAAGAUGGUUCAGUUCUGUUAUGGGAUCCACGGCAGUCCAAGUUCACAGGGAAAAUAGAGCCACACAGUAAGGAGUUGUUGAAUCGAUCUGAGUUCGGUAAAUGGCAAGGUACUGUAUCUAUUACUGAAGACUGGCUCGUGUGUGGCGGUGGACCGCGAUUUUCCCUGUGGCAUCUGCGCUCGUUGGAGUGCACAACAGAUUUGGCUUUUCCCGAGCGGGUUCACGUGUCCGGUUUCAUCGAUGACUUGAUUUAUGCCGCUGGUCAUAGCAAACACCUUUACCAGUACAAUUUCAAUGGUGAUGUAACCGCCGAAAUUCCCAUUUCAGCACCUGCGGUUUACAGCGUAGUGCAACAGAGUGAACCUACCAAAUUGAUGGCGAUUGCCGGUGCUUCCAGCCAGAUUGACGUUUGCACUAAUUUUAGUUAUCGAGACAUUGUACUGAAUACAUAUAAGAAAUAAAUAGAUCGGCAAUGUGUUUCAAUUGCUCAAUUCUUUA